AUGGCAAGCGUGUUGCCGUACGGCCGCUUCACUCACGCCGUGGUGCGGGGCAUCCCAGAGACCUUUGGGAAGGUUGAUGACGAGAAAAACGACAAGGUCGAAAACGGGGAAACCACGAUGGACCUGGCCAAAGCACAGCGUCAGUUUGGGGUGCUGACGGGGGCUCUGAGACAGAAGGUGGGGCUGCAGCUCAUAGAGAUCCCUGCAGACCCGGAGCUACCAGAGAGCUGGAGGAUAGAGGAUGUAGCGGUGAUACAGGGAGACACGGCACUCAUCACCAGGCCUUUCAAACAGCAGAGACGCAGUGAGACUGAAGCAGUGAGGAGGGUGAUGUCGGAGCUCAACCUGACAGUGGUGGAGAUGGGGGCAGAGGAGGGGGGCUCCGCAGGGGCCACGCUGGAGGGCAGUGACGUGCUCUUCACCGGCAGGGAGUUCUUUGUGGGAAUCUCCUCCCACACCAACCACAGAGGAGCUGAGGUUCUGGCUGACACUUUCAGAGACUUUGCUGUGUCCACGGUGCCAGUGUGUGGGGGAGCUCGUCUAAAGAACAUCUGCUCUAUGGGAGGUCCUGAUACUAUCAUCAUCAGCAACAGUGAUGGGGCCAAGAAGACCCUCCGGAUGAUGGAGCAGCUGACUGAUCACCACUACGAAGUGCUCACGGUCCCUGAGGGUGCAGCAGCUAACUGUGUCUACGUCAGGGGCCCCUCCAAAGUGGACUACCUGCUUCACCCGCCCCCUGAGGAGUGUCCCGAAAGUGUCCCUGCCUUCCAGAAGCUGACGGACUACACCCUCCUCCCUACAGCGUGCAGCGAGGCCUCCAAGCUCGGAGGGUCUCUGUCUUCAUUCUGCCUACUUAUCAACAGGAAGCCAUACUUCUAAAUGCCCUGCUCUUCUCCCAUAGAACACACAUAGACUUUCAUUGACUGUAUGUAAAUACAAAUGUGAACAUAUCAAGGACAUCGCCAACU